GGUAAUCUGGAGGUAAACAGAAAAGGGAACUUCAGCGUAAUGCACCGAGUGUGAUCUGGUAGAGGAACUUCAAACGUUCAGAUCAAGUCAGGUUUUAUUGUAUAUAGAUAUAGAUCUUGGGCCAACAUUUUAGAAACCUCAACAAUGCACCACUGCCGACAGACACAUCUUGAUUCAGGAGACACCUCUUGAUUCAGAAAUAUUUUAAUGUCGUAGAGUCGUCAUUAGUCAUUUUCCUUCAGCUCAGGAACUAACCUUUUGUCAAGCUUAAAUGUACAUAAUCUUUUUUCUGUGUUAGAUCUUGUGCGCUGAAAACCAGACCAGAGCGAAGGGGAAUAGCCUUUAGUUGUAUGAGGUCAUUACAACCCUCUCAUUUCACAGAUGGAAGCUUGCCAGUUUUUGUUUUUCCACAAUCGCUGACUUUUUAUGCUGACGAGCAGUCGACUCAUAAGCAAGUUCUCACGGUUUACAAUCCCUACGAGUUCACUUUACGGUUUAAAGUGUUUUGCACCGCUCCAAAGAGAUACAUCGUGGUUGAGUCUGAUGGCGUGAUCAAACCUCGAUGCUGCAUCGAUAUAGUUGUCCGUCACAGUGAUGUUCAAACUGCAAAAACACAGUUAGACAAAUUUCGUCUUCAGAUUUUUGAGUAUGGGCUACAGAAAGUGAUUGGUCAAAAAGAAAUCAUGGCUGUCCUUCAGCCCAGCAGGAAAGAACAUCAACAGGUGCUGAUGAUGUCUAAGGAUAAAUCAACCACAAGAUCCGUGACAUCACAAAGAACAGAGAACAGUGGUGGAACUGUGGAGCAGUUCACAGACUCAGGGUUGGUAGGUCAGCAGGGUCCCAGCUUGUGGGUAAUAAUUAUGGCUGCUGUCUGUAUCAUUGCUCUGGUAUUACCACUGGAAGGUGACAAGUAUACACGAUCAGUGCCACACUACCUUCUGCUGUCAGUAAAUCAAAAGUUACUGGCUUCAUUUAUCCUAGGUCUUAUAACGAUGGCAGUCUUAAAAACAUGACAGUAUUUGCACACAGAGGAAAACAUCGCUCUCUAGGAUUAUUUAACAGACAAUAUUAGUGAUGAUGAUGAUUAUGGGUAUUACUUUUAAUCUUGUUAUUGUCAGUGAUAUUAUUUCAGAAGCAUACCAUAACAUGCUUGACUCUAAAUAAAAUCAUAAACUGGGUCAAAAUCAUCCUCGGAGACCCAGGGGCUGAGUCGAUUUCAAGUUAGGGCGGAAGAGCCCCUGGGGACAU